UUCUCGCACCAAGCCUUGUUACUGGAUGCAGAACGGGUUCAGUUUGGGCCCGUAGUCGCCCUCAAUCCUGCCACCUUGCUUCCUCUACCAGAGGAGGCAAAACAGCAUGACUGCCUACAAAUCCUCGCAGAAGUACAUAGAACCAGGCCGGACCUAUCGGACCAGCCUCUUCAGAAUGCUGACCACACAUGGUACACGGAUGACAACAGCUUCUUGGCAGAGGGAGAGCGAAAGGCUGGAGCUGCGGUCACUACGGAGGACAAAGUGAUUUGGGCGAGAGCCCUGCCUGCUGGUACCUCCGCACAACGGGCUGAACUCAUCGCCUUGACUCAGGCGCUCAAGAUGACAAAAGGAUGGGUCGAAGCCUUCCCCACAAAGCACGAGACUACAAAAAUGGUCACCAAGAAGCUCCUCGAGGAAAUCUUUCCCAGGUAUGACAUGCCUCAAGCGUUGGGGUCGGACAACGGGCCCGCUUUCGUCUCCCACGUAAGUCAGUUGGUGGCCAAAUUGCUAGAGAUUAAUUGGAAAUUACAUUGUGCCUAUAGACCCCAGAGUUCAGGUCAGGUAGAACGCAUGAAUAGAACAAUUAAGGAGACUUUAUCCAAACUUACGCUUGCAACUGGCUCAAAGGAUUGGGUGGCCCUCCUUCCCCUAGUUCUAUAUCGGGCCCGGAAUACCCCGGGCCCCCAUGGUCUAACUCCUUUUAAAAUAAUGUAUGAAACACCACCCCCAUUUGUCCAUUUCUUUGAUUCAAACAUUGCUGAUUUUGCUGACAGCCCUUCUCUGAGGGCCCAUUUACAGGCCCUACAGAUUGUGCAGAGAGACGUCUAGAGACCUUUGGCCGCUGCUUACCAGGACAAGCUUGAACAUCCGGUGGUGCCACACCCGUUCCAGAUUAGAGACACCGUGUGGGUGCGCAGACACCAGACCAAGAAUCUCGAGCCACGGUGGAAAGGACCCUACACCGUCCUCCUGACUACCCCGACCUCCCUAAAGGUAGACGGAGUCUCGGCUUAGAUCCACGCACCACACGUCAAGGCAGUCCGGUCUGAGAAAUUGACUAAUCACAACACUACACCCCAGACAUGGAGAGUUCAGCACACUCCAAACCCCUUAAAGUUAAAACUCCUACGUGGCUCCUCCUAGCCCUUUUGUGGCCUAGAGUCAGUGGGGGAAUAAGCCCCCACCAGACAGAAAUUUCUUGACCAAGUCGAGUGAAAGAUUUCACUCAAAGUUAGCAAAAAAAAAUGGGGGAAUGAAAGACCCCAGCUUAACAGCAGUAACGCCAUUUUGCAAGGCUGUACUUAAAAUGACUGGUUCAGGGAAAGGUUAGAACACUGAGUACACAGCGGCUGCCAAACAAGAUGUGUUUGGUUGAAGGCCUGGCAACAGGACGACUUCGGUUGAACACCUGACAAUGAAAAAAAGCCCCGGGAGAGGUCCCACACCCUGGAAGGGGGCCGAGUCAGUCGUUAUGUUCCAAGAAGGUAGCUAAGAAACUUGCCCCCGGGCUGAACCCUUGGGGGGCCGAGUCAGCCGUUAUGUUUCAGGAAGGUAGCUAGGAAACUUGCCCCCGGGCUGAACCCUUGCCACAUUAGAAUCCACCAAUUAUAUCCCUGUAACCAUGCAUCUGCUUCUGUAUGCUUGCUUCUGCUCCCCAAAAUCCUAUAAAAGCCCAUCCUUGGUUCCGUGGGGCGCGCCAGUCCCCCGAGUGACUGAAGCGCCCGCAGGUGCCUGUGCCUGUGUAUCCCGACAAUAAACCAAAUCCUCUUGCUGAUUGCA